CAUCCGGGAUCAGGUUGCUUCGGAGAGCGACGACGAGAACUGGGGGAAUUGGAAGCCGACCGAGGGCUCCCAAACUAUGGCCGCCAGCUCGCACGAGGACGUGACGGUGGACAGAAUAAGCCAACUGGCGACAGAAGCUGGUGGCCACGGCGCGUGGGAUGCAGCAGCCAAUUACGCCUCCCAAGACAACCACCAGCUCUCCAGUGACACCUCCGAAGGCAAUGCCAGCCUCUACUCCAAAGACUCCGCCAAAGAGUCCGCCAAAGAGUCCGCCAAAGGCCGCGCCAGCGCCGCCCAACAUCUGGACAGCACCACCCCCACCGAGGGCCGCUCCGAAGGCUGCCGCUCCAAAGGUUCCAAAAGCAGCGGUUCCAAAGCCGCCGAAGGGUCCGAAAGCAGCGAUUCCAAAGCCGCCGAAGGGCACGACUACAACAACGCCGGCUCCUUUGACAACGCCGGCCCCUGUGGCAACGCCGGCUCCUGUGGCAACGCCGGCUCCUAUGGGAACGCCGGCUCCUGUGACAUCGCCGGCUCCUGUGACAACCCCGGCUCCUUUGACAUCGCCGGCCGCGGCUCGAGCAAAGGCCAGUGCUCAAGCAAAGGCCGCUUCGACAAGGAUGCCGAGCCCUCCUCCGGCCCCCGAGGUGGAGAACACACCUCCGCCGCCAUUGGUGCCUAUGCAGGCGCCCGUGAUGGACAUGCGGUACCACCCUUAUCCGCCGCCAAUUCAGGUGUGGGCCAGGCCUACUUCGACACCGAGACCUACCUCUGUGCCGGUUCCGGCGGCACGACCAAGCUCGGCACCUACUACGAUGCCGACGGCACGGCCAAGCUCGGCUCCUACCACAGUACCCUUGCCGACGGCACGGCCUCUAGUCGUGGUGCCAUUGCCGAAGAGGGUGCUGCUACCG